CCACGAGCUGUGCGUCGACGGACAUGUCGCCAUCACAAACUCCGCGACAUACAAAUGGAAGGUACCUGGACUACUACUCGCAGUUCCCGGUCGUGAAGUUCUUGAGGGACCCCAUCUUCCUGGAGGUUCGGCUCCUGGACCACCCGGACCCGAGCCUCGUGCUGGUGCUGCAGGACUGCUGGGCCACGCCGACACUGGACCCCCUCAACAGCGUCCAGUGGAGGGUCCUGAACAACCACUGCCCAUUUUCCGGAGACGACUACCAGACCGUGUUGCACCCAAUGAGCGAGUUUCCCGGCGUACUCCUCUCUUCGCGCUACAAGCGCUUUGAAGUCAAAACUUUCGUCUUCACUGGUCCACAGGAUGCCAUGGUGCCCUAUGGAGAGCUCUACUUUCACUGCAGUGCUUACGUGUGCAAGGGUGAUGAAUCCUCCUGUGUCCCCGGAUGUUCCUCCAAGUUUAAACGCCACUUGACUACAAAGGAUGGAGACGUGGACCUGUCGCUAGUGACUGCUCAUGAACCGGUCCUGCUUGUGCAGGAGGAAAAGAGUUCUCAACAUCUCGCGCAUGAGAGCGUUGGCAACCACGGGUCCAACCUGGCCAACGCUGCCAUCACGGUGUUCUUUGGCAGUGUCGUCGUUGUCAUCGCUGGUGUGAUGUACUACCGCCGUCGCUGCACUCAGCGGGGGCUUUUUGUACCGAAGAGACCAUCUCGAAUGUUGUCACUGGUUAAUACAGACCAACAGUGGUGCGGUUAUGAAUACUGACUUGAACUUGAUAGUAACUUUAAACUUUGGUAUGAAUGUAUUUAAAAAGAAAAAUUUAAGAUGAUUUUUGUACGUUGGAAAAGCAUUUAACUUAAAAUUAUUUCGAAACGGAUCACAUGAGGCAUUGUACUAAAGUAAUACUGUGUACUGUGCGAGAUAAGAUGUGAAAAAAAAUACUGAAUAGUGGUAUGGCAGGCAUAACUAAAAAUAUUGCCACAUUAAAGCUGCUUCAUAAUGGCUAAAUAUAGGCUAAUGUUUUGGGCAUGGGGCCCUGUUUUGAAUAAUGCUUGAAUGGGGUCGAUGAGACCCUGGAAAAUAUCCAAUGUGCAUUAUCCAUAAUUGGCUGCACUGACGUGGUGCAUUGCUCAUGGCACCCCUGGUGGCUUGCUGAAGUUGGCCUUUUUGCAUUAGUGUUAACCUAUCUGUUGGAGAUUGAUGUGUGCUUGUGCAAUUCGUAUAUCGAACGGGCUGCUGCAAAGGUAAGCCUAUAUAACUAUGCUGUUGUCGAUAUGGGUAGGUGACUUUUGUUUCAAAAAUAGCUGAAUCUAUAAACACGAACAGGAUGCUGCAGGCUAUAUUCCCCAACUAUUUCGCUUAAUAUGGCAUUUCUCAUUGCCAUAUCAGACAAACCUAUAAACAACUUGUGUAAUGGUCUUAAUGCCGGGUCCCCAAACUCCCAGUCCUUGGGCCUUGCCAAAGUCUCAAGUUUACCAAUCGUGUUUUAAAUAUAGAUAGCAGUGUUACUGUGUGGGUCCGAUUGCUCAACAUGCCCCACAACGUAUUGGGCACCGGUGCAAAUUAAAAUAACGUAGCUGUAUGC